AUGCCCUCGCACUCGCGCAGCGCCUCAGAGGCGCGCUCCGUCAACCAACACGCGCCGACAAACCCCAGCCAUCUGCGCGAAUCGCACUAUCCCGCCGCCUCGCCCGAACAAUCGACACACACCGACUUUGGCAUCUCCAGCGCCAAGAGUGGGGCUCCGCCGCGCGACAGCUCGAACGCACCCACAUCUCCUCGCCAUGGCUCCCAAGCAUCUGCUCGCUCUCCAGCAUUUAGUGCAGCCCCCGCCGACCACCUCGAGUCGACCGCGCGAGCGCACCUGCUGAGCCUGCGCGACGGCGAGAGGAGCCCUGCUUUCGCCUACGACAUGUCGCCCGCAAGGUCGCCGCGGCCUGAGACCGCGAGGAGCUAUGGCAGCUUCAACUCGGAAAUACUGCGCGAUGGUUUUGGUGGCCGCUAUCCCGGCGACGACACGGCCAACACCCCAGAUGCCUCGACCUCGUUGCUGGGCGACUCGGUUUCGGAUGGCCUGCUGGGCGGCCAAGGCAAGCACAACACAACUUCAUGGCUGGCCGAGAGGCAUGGUAUUAGGAACAAGAGGAUGAUGUACUUGGCUUACUACGUGCCAAUUUUCAACUGGAUUCGGCAGUACAAGUUGCGCUACCUUCGCGGCGAUCUCGUGGCGGCUAUCACGAUGGCUUCGUUCUACAUUCCCAUGUCCCUGUCCUACGCGUCCAACCUUGGCCACAUCCCCCCGGUCAACGGAUUGUACAGCUUCUUCUUCAACCCCCUCAUCUAUGCCAUACUCGGAACCGCGCCGAUGAUGAUUGUGGGCCCGGAAGCCCCAGGCUCUCUUCUCACUGGUGAAGUGGUCAGGGAAAACAUCCGACAGGGAACUAGCGGCGAUGACGAAGCACAACUCAACGCCGAGAUUGCUGGAAUUACGACCUUCAUCGCUGGGUUCGUCAUCCUUCUGGGUGGCCUGUUCAGGCUCGGCUUUUUGGACAAUGUCCUCAGCAGGCCGUUUUUGCGGGGCUUCAUCAGUGCCAUCGGUUGCGUCAUCUUCAUCGACCAGCUUAUUCCGCAGAUGGGGAUUGCCCGUCUUGCAGAAGGACCCAACGGCGUCGAGCACGGUAGUGCUGUCGACAAGCUGAUUUUCAUCAUCAAGAACGUUGGAAAUGUGCACAAGCUUACAUGUGCCGUCUCCUUUAGCGCAUUUUUCACCAUCAUGUUCUUCAGGGAAUUGAAAAAACGCCUCCAACCCCGGUAUCCCGGCGCUGCAUUCAUUCCGGACCGGUUUGUCGUCGUCGUACUAUCCGUUAUUCUUACAUCGCACUACCGCUGGGACCAGCAAGGUCUGGCUAUCCUGGGUAACGUCAACACAGCGGGUGGCCACUUGUUCAAAGUACACUUCCCCUUUGAUUUCUCGCACCUCAAGUAUGUUUCGAGCGCUUUUGAGACAGCCUUCACCAUCGCGUUGCUUGGCUUUUUCGAGUCCUCUGUGGCCGCAAAGAGUUUGCCUCCCGCCAAGGAUGGCCUUCAAAACGUCAACACCAGCACAAACAGGGAACUGGUCGCGUUGGGCGUUGCCAAUGUGACUGGAGGUCUGUUUAUGGCCUUGCCCGCAUUUGGCGGGUAUGGUAGGAGCAAAGUGAACGCGUCGACGGGCGGCAGGACCCCGAUGAGCAACAUUUUCCUGAGUUUGAUCACUCUCAUGUGUCUACUUUUCCUUCUGCCCUACUUCUACUACCUCCCGAAGGGUGUUCUCUCCGCAAUGGUUGGCGUGGUCGCGUAUUCCCUGGUCGAAGAGGCGCCGCACGACAUCCAUUUCUUCCUCAAGAUCCGCGGCUGGUCGGAGCUGAGCCUGAUGCUCAUCAUCUUCCUGGUGACCAUCUUCUGGGACCUGAAGAAGGGCAUCGCGGUGGGCAUCGGCCUCUCGCUACUGCGCGUCAUCAAGCACGCGACGCGGCCACGCAUCCAGAUCCUGGGGCGCGUGCCGGGCACGACGGACCGGUUCGAGAACGCCGAGCUGGACCCGGGCCGGCUCGAGUUCGUCGAGGGCUGCCUGAUCGUCAAGAUCCCGGAGCCGCUGACGUUCGCCAACACGGGCAGCCUGCGCAACCGCCUCAAGCGCCUCGAGGAACACGGCACCAACGCGGCGCACCCGGCGCUGCCGCGCGUGCGCCGCGAGGAGCACAACCGCAACGUCAUCUUCGACGUGCACGGCGUCACGUCGCUCGACGGCGCGGGCGCGCAGGUGCUGCUCGAGAUUGUCCAGAACUACGUCGACAGGGGCGUGCGCGUCUUCUUCUGCCGCGUGCCGCGCGAGGGGAGCGAGGUGUGGAGGCUGUUCGAGCAGAGCGGCCUUGUCGAGGUGGCUGGCGGCACGAGGCAUUUCGUCGGCAGCGUCGAUCAGGCGCUCCACAUGACGGAGUUGGAGAGCUUGACGGAGGCGCUCGAGAGAGACAGAGAUAGCGAUAGCCAGGCUGGUCGCUCGUGA